AUGUUGUUGUUGCUGCUACUAGAGACAGAGCUGGACGAAAAAGGACAGGGAUGGACAGAGAAGGUGGAGUUGGAUAUUGAUGGACAGAGAUGGGCAAAGAUGGACGGAGAUGGUGAGAAAUGGAUGGCAAAGGGUAGAAAUGGACGGAGAUGGACACAAAUUGACAGCGAUGGACAGAGGCGGGCAGAGAUGGACAAAAAUGGACGGAGAUGGACAGAGAAGGUGGAGAUGGAUAUUGAUGGACAGGGAUGGGCAAAGAUGGACGGAGAUGGUGAGAAAUGGAUGGCGAAGGGUAGAAAUGGACGGAGAUGGACAGGAAUUGACGGAGAUGGACAGAUGCGGGCAGAGAUGGACAAAAAUGGACGGAGAUGGACCCAAUGGACAGAAAUGGACGGAGGUGGACGGAGCUUGAAGGUGUUAUUAUGGGUGUACAGAGACUCCUUCGCACCGAGAGCCUGUUAA